ACACACACACCGACAGCCAGACAGCCAGACAGCCAGUGUUUCUUCGACAGCGUCAACAGCUAUCACGGACCUCGGUGAGACGCGUUCCGGUGCGGGUUUUAGAGGGUGUCCGCGGUCUGUUCAGGGGGACUCUGGACUUCAUUGCCGCUGUAGGACUGGGAACAGACUGCUGUCCUCUCCACCACAGCGCUCAACACCAUGGCUGCUGCUCUCACCAUGCUCUUCUUCGUCCUUCACAUCUUCACUGCUUCAGCGCUGGAAUCAGCCUCUGAGCCAGUGCUCCCCCAGAGACACCCACACCUCACUGGCUGUGUCUCCACCAACAUGGAGACUUUCCGCUGCAGAUGGAAUGUCGGCACUUUCCAGAGCCUCUCUGAGCCGGGAGAGCUCCGCUUAUUCUACAUGAAACAGAUACCCCUCUCUGCCACUUCUAAAGAGUGGAGGGAGUGUCCCCACUACAGCACCGACAGGCCCCACGAGUGCUUCUUCAAUGAGAACCACACAUCUAUAUGGAUAACUUACAAAGUCCAGCUCCGCUCGAGGGAUCAAACCGUCCUCUACGAUGAGAACCUCUUCGACGUUCAAAACAUCGUGCAACCGGAUCCUCCUGUCGGCCUGAACUGGACACUGCUCAAUGUGAGUUUGACCAGCACUUACUACGACAUCAUGCUGAGCUGGAAGCCGCCUCUGUCUGCGGAUGUAGAGAUGGGAUGGAUGAUGCUGCAGUAUGAGGUCCAGUACCGCGACGUCAGCUCGGACGUGUGGGAAGUGACCGACCUUGUGAAAAGCACCCAACGCUCCAUUUAUGGACUUCAAACUAAUGUCAAUCACGAGGUCCGGGUCCGGUGCAAAAUGUUCGGUGUGAAAGAGUUUGGAGAAUUUAGCGACUCAGUAUUCAUCCACAUCCCAUCUAAAGUGUCGAGGUUCCCAGUGGUGGCCCUGCUCAUCUUUGGUGCCUUGUGUUUAGUGGCCAUCCUGAUGUUAGUCAUCAUAUCACAGCAGGAAAAGUUGAUGGUUAUUCUUUUGCCUCCUGUUCCUGGACCUAAAAUAAGAGGAAUUGACCCAGAACUACUCAAGAAAGGGAAGCUGAGGGAGUUGACAUCCAUCCUUGGUGCUCCCCAUGAUCUGAGGCCAGAGCUGUACAACAACGACCCCUGGGUGGAGUUCAUCGAUCUGGACAUUGAGGAGCACAACGACAGACUGACCGAUCUGGACACUGACUGUCUCAUGCAUCGCUCCCUUUCCUCCAACUGCACUCCCCUCUCCAUCGGCUUCAGAGAUGAUGACUCGGGCCGGGCCAGCUGCUGUGACCCAGAUCUUCAGAGCGACCCGGAGGCGUCACCUUUCCAUCCUCUCAUCCCAAAUCAAACCCUCAGUGGGGAAACAUCGUUCCCGACAGCCUGUGAGCCAAACUCUCCAGUCCAGAGCCCUACCGCUGGGGAGCCUCCUUUUGUAGAACCGGGCAGAGAGGUGUUGUACACCCAGGUGAGUGAGGUGAGGUCGUCCGGCAAGGUGCUGCUGACACCUGAGGAACAAACUGAGGUGGAGAAGUCCAGUAACAAAGACGCAGAGAAAGACAUUAUGGCGGCAAAUGAAAAGAAGGAGUUUCAGCUCCUGGUUGUGAAUCCAGAUCAUUGGGGUUACACCUCAGAGCUGAAGGCUGGAAAAAUGAGCCCCAGAUUGUCCACAGGAGACAUGAGUGAACCCUGCCAGACAGGAGGAGAUGUGAGUUCUUCAGCGUCCCUUUCGCCUAACAACGAAUCAGAUACCACCCCCAUGUCCCCUCUUCCUCCGGCUCCUGUCUACACCGUGGUAGAUGGUGUUGACAGGCAGAAUAGCCUCUUACUGACACCAAACUCGACAUCUGCACCACAUCUGAUAAUCCCAAAGACCAUGCCGAUACCAGGCAGCUACCUGACCCCUGACCUUUUGGGAAGCAUCACACCAUAGAUCAGUGGUGAACUGUCCAAAGUUAAGACUAUUCAAUCAGUUAAACUUGGUAACAGUUUGGGAGAUUGACUAUUGAGGUUGAGUGUUAAAUGUCUCUCCUAAAAUAGUUAUGGGGCAUCUGUGCCUGUCCUGCCACAACCUCUACCUCCUCCGCUCUCCCACUGCUCCCUCUAACAGGGCUGUUUAGUCAACAUGGUUGAAAGUUUGGUAUGAGGGAGGAAGAGCGCACAACAAUGUGUUUUACUGCAGUUGUGGAAAAGAACCUUUCAAAGGGAAAUGACUCAAACGGGCUGAAAACUGCCUCAAAAACUCAAUAUUCAUCUAAAAAACAGGUCCACAACACUACUUAUUAGAAAACUAUCUCUGUUAAAGCUGCAUCAAUCAAUUUCGGGUCACUAGGGUACAAAAAAACCUCUGCAAACUGACACUGCUAAUUGGAAAACUGUUUUGCCAUUUACAAAUCCAGGUGACAAAGACACACUCUAUCUUUAAUUUGAAGUCAUGUUUCUGUUAAUGAAUGCAAGUCGAAUAUUCAAUAUAUUGAAUAGAUCACUAUUCCUUUAAGCUCUGGUUUUAUCAACUCUGGCUGCUAAAUGCUCCGCUCUCUUUGUCAGCUAGUUGCUCAUUUUGCCGUUGCAAUGAAUUAAAAGGGCUAAAAUGCUGCAGCGCUAAACCUGGAUUAUAUUCCCAAACGGACGCAUGUAUAAACAGCUGUGGAAACUGCAGACACAUAGUAGUUCUGUUUAUACUACUUUCUGGAGUCCCCUGGAAGGACCUCUGUAGCUUAAUAUUGUAGCGGUCCUUGUGGUCACAACAAACUGGAUGUAUGCAGUUCCUCAGGCACUGUAUAAUCCUGCCUUUAGAGGUAAUUCCUUGUGAUUUUGUCACUACAAGUACCACCUUUCACAUUGCAGGUAGUCAUUUCAUUCACCAUUAAUAGAAAAGUAUUGAUUAAUGCAGCUUUAAGUUAGAGUACAUUUUUUAAAAGUAUAUUUUUGUCGCCUUUAUGAUAAUGACAGCUGAGGAUGGACAGGAAAGAGGGUUAGAGAGAGGGGAUGAUACGCAGCAAAGGGCCACAGGUUGGAUUUGGACCCUGGGCCGCUGCAGCAGGGACUUGGUACGUGGGUCACCAGCUCUACCCACUGAGCUAUCCAGGGCGCCCGAGUUAGGGUACAUUUAUUUGUGCUCUUACAUGCUUUAUUCCUAACAUUUUGUACGUAUCAAAGGGUUUCAUAUGUAAUUGCUAGGCUAUGUGAAAAAAUGUCCAUAAACAUAAAUUAAUCGUGUGUCCUUUUUUAUGAAUCCAACAUUUUUAUGCUUUCCAUGAGGUUUUCGGCCCUUUUCAGGUUUUUAAGACCAAUACUAGCGCAAUGAAUGUUACUUAAUCAUUCAGUAAUCCAUUGCUUUUUUGAAUAUUCAUGAAUAAUGUCUUAUUGGGUUCAUAUUAUGAUGUUGCCAACAAAUGAUGCAUAAAGCAUGAGCUGUGUGUUAAAGGAUCAUAAAAUAUUAGAUGUGUAUCUUACUUUGAUGCCAUUACACACCCUGGUCUUCAUUUGUGUUCAAAACUUUUUUAGAGCUGACAGACAAAAUUAUUUGGAUUGUCAGUUUUUUAGUAUUCGUUUUAGAUGUGCAUGGACUAUAAAGGUUUUUAUUUUUAAUUUAGUUUCUGGUUAACAGUGCAUAAAAUGCAAAUUAAAAGUCUGGGGUACAUGGUCAUCAAUGUUGAAUUUGUACAGGUAUUGUAUUUUAAGUGUUAAAGUGUUACAAAGUUACAAAUAGACAACUUUCAUA